AUGUUCACGUUGACUUCACUCUGCUGCCUUCUGGCGUUGGCGGCAGCAGCACCGGCGGAGAAGGAGGUCGAAGCGGCGGACACGUUGACCUAUGGAGUGGAUUUUGUCGAUGAAAUCGACAGCCGUCAUGUGACUUGCUUCCGGAAUUUGAACUAUAAUUUGGUGCUGGUUCGAAUCUACAAUGGUGGAGUCGAUGAGGUCGGAUUUAGGAACUUGGACACGGUCUAUAGUAAGUUCAAAACAAAACAAUGACUUAACAAAUUGCUUUUGCUGCAUAACUCAAGUUUUAAGAGAACCGUCAGUAAUAACCGGGGAUUUCUUUUUACUGUCGCUCUGUAGGGAAAAUAAUGUGGAUUUGUCGGAGGAAAGUGUCUCGUAUCGUCGCAGUUGCGCACCAAAUCUGCAGCCAGCCGUCUCAGAGCAAUGAUGGGCGAUUCCAAGGCGCGACAAUCCACAUUAUUUUCCCGACAGACUGAUACUGAUAGGUGAGCUGAAACCUUGACAUGUCUUUGCACCGCGCGGCCGGCAACGCAAAAUUUUCGCAAUGCUGAGAGCAGUCAGAGAUAGAACGCGUAUUAUCCCAUUUCGAGCAAAAAAAAAUUAAUUUUUUUUGUGGCAAAAUCGCCCUUUCCGGAUGAUACAGUGGCGGACCUGAUCCAGUGGCAAAAACGUACCAUUUUUCAUCCAGGAAGCAUCAAAAAAUGUGGCAAAAUACCUCCCUCUCCAAGUGAAAAAACUCCGAUCUCAAAAGCGCGCUCUCUUUUUCUGGGUGUGCCCUUCAAAACGAGGUUUUUUUCACUUGGAUAGGGAAGCAUUUUGCCACACUUUUGAUACCUCCCGGAUGCAAAAUGGUACGUUUUUGGCCACGGACCAGGUCCCCCACUGUAUGAUACUUCAACCACGGGUUUCAGAAACCCUGACCGUCCAACUGGUUGUUGUGCCGGAGUUGAACGGCGCCAAGACCGCCACAUAUCAAGUGAAUGAGAUUUUGGACGCGGCCAAGGCCAAAGGUUGGGACAUCAAAGGCAUCUGGCUGCAGAUCACAUCUCCGUUGAGCUGGGACAAGAGCACCGCCCGGAACGUCUACUUCAUCCAGGAGUUCGUCCGAGAGGCAAAUGUAAGGCGGGGUUUUUGAGAAGUGGAUUGCUGGCCCUUCCGGAAAGUUGCCGGGCUCAUUAUUGGCGCUUGCUUUCCGAAUUUCGUCCAAAAAAUGUCACAAUUGACAAAAAAAAUACAUAUUAUACAGCGUGGGGCAUCGUUGUGGCCCGAUUUGAGUUGGCUAUAACUUCUUUGGUUUUUGGCCAAAUCGUAAAAUUCUUUUUUUCCCUGAAUCCUCAGACAUCCCCAUUUUGUAUGAUACCAAAUAUGUUAUACAUAUGUUACUUAAAUUGGCUAUAACUUCUUUAGUUUUUGGCCAAAUCUUAAAAUUCUUUUUUCCCCUGAAUCCUCAGACAUCCCCAUUUUGUCAGAUACCAAAUAUGUUAUACAUGCGUAAGUGUCAUCUACAGUUAUCGGACUUAUUCUUGGAGUUCAUUUUUUCGGUCGUUUCGGUUGUUUUUUCGGUCGAAAGAAGCUAUAGCUCGUUUAAAUCGUGCCACAAAGAUACUCCCGAAAUUCCAGGCCAAAGGAGUGAAAAUCAACUACUACACCAACUGGUACGACUACAAGGUGAUCACCGGCAACUCGCGCCUCAUCGCCACCGGCUCGCUGUGGUAUUGGAAUGUGCUGGGCAGCGGCGAAGGCGCCCAAACCCCCUCCAACUUCAACGACUUCCGCGCGUUUGGGCCCUUCAGGAGCGCCCUCUUCAAGCAAUACGGGCAGGAUAAAUACGUCUGCGGAACGUAUGUGAAUCAGGAUGUCUAUGUGACGAGCUCGUUGCAAGGGAAGCCGGAGAACGGCGUGGAAUUUGUGGGAAAGAAAGAAUAA